CGAAACAUGUAGACCGGAGAGAAAACAAAAUUAAUCCAGGUUGUCAUUGUCAUUGUUCGUUUGUGCUUGCUUGAUUUUUCGUGAAAAUUCCUGGAAAAUACACUAUAAAUUAGCAAUUAGUCCAGCACCUGUGGUAGCUGAGUGUACGAGUUUGUGGAAAUUGGUGGAAAAGUGAAAAAAUUUGAUUGUGCUUAAAAAUCCCCUCCUGGCCAACAAUAGAAAAAAUUGAAGAAGGAUUAAAUUUGAGGAGCAUGUCGACAACAGCUGGAUCCAGUAGUGGAGGCGGAACUGGUGGUGGAGGACGCGGAAGGAACAAUGCAACGAGCAACAAUGGCGCAGCUCCGGCAUCAGAUCCGCGGAAUGAUUCAAAAGAAUCCAAACCCAAUCCCAAGAUCUCCAAAGCCCUCGGCACAUCAGCUAAGCGAAUUCAGAAGGAACUGGCAGAGAUUACGUUAGAUCCACCACCAAAUUGCAGUGCUGGACCAAAGGGGGAUAAUCUCUAUGAGUGGGUAUCGACGAUCCUUGGGCCUCCGGGAUCAGUGUACGAGGGUGGUGUGUUCUUCUUGGACAUUCACUUUUCGCCUGAAUAUCCCUUCAAGCCUCCAAAGGUGACCUUCCGGACUCGGAUAUAUCAUUGCAACAUAAACAGCCAAGGUGUGAUCUGCCUGGAUAUUCUCAAGGACAAUUGGUCACCAGCAUUGACCAUUUCGAAGGUCCUUCUCUCAAUUUGCUCCCUUUUGACAGACUGCAAUCCGGCUGAUCCACUUGUGGGAAGUAUUGCAACGCAAUAUCUCCAAAAUAGAGAAGAGCACGAUAGAAUCGCUCGACUGUGGACUAAACGCUAUGCUACGUGAUUUCCCCGUCUUCGGCAUAAUGUAUUUUUUCUAAUAAUGACAAAAUUGUCGUAAAUCAUAGCAAAACCUCUUAGUUGAUAAAAGAAAGAAAAAAAAAUAAGUAAAAAUUAUUGAUAUGAGAAAAAAAGGAGGAGGAGGAUUUGAUGUAAAAGAAAAAUCCCAUUGACUGGAUGUGUGGUGUGUGUGUGGAAAUGGAGGAAAUAUUUUAAUUUUAUAUCCCUUUUUAAUUUGUUUUUAUUGAAAGUCUGAAAAAUUGUAAAAAAAAAAACAAGUGUAGAAUUUCCUCCAUUUCUUUUGCAACUACACAGAAAAAAAUUAAAGUCUUAAAAUCAGAUGGUAAGGAAAAGGAAAAUUUAACGCAAAAAAUACUGAAAAUGUUUUUUUUUAGAUUAUUUUACUAUAUUUUAUUGUGAAAAAUUACGUCACCCGUUUGACCAAAAAAACAAUUUUAUUUUUUUUUUUAUUUUUUAUUUGUUUAAAUCGGUACAUAAAAAAUGAUCAGAAUCUGAUUAAAAAAAUAAUGUUUUUUUAUCUGUUGUAAAGAGACUGACAAAGAUUUGUCCAAAAAAAUUUAUUAAUGACGUAAAAAAGGCAAAAUAAUUCAAUUUUCUGAAUUGUAAAAUUUUGGUCUUAUGGGUAAAGUAAAAAAAAAAUUUAAGUUUAGCUUAAAAAUUGUAUAUUUAAUUUCAAUGCUUUGUGAAAGAUACAGAAAAAAAAAUCAUAAACUGCAAACUAUUGUGUAAUCUAAAACGCAUGUGAAAGAAAGUUUAGUAAGAAAACGGUUUAGGAUAAUGUGUGUGAGAAAGUAAAUAAAAAAAAGGAAAAAUACCAUGGAAAAAAAAAUAUUAAAGGCACAUUUUGGGCGUGUUUACGGAGGGGGGUGAUUAGAAUUUUAUAGGUAUGAAAAAAAAUUAAUUAAAAGAAAAGAUUUAAAGUUUUCCUCGUACUGAGAGAGAGAGACAAAAAAUCAAUCAUUGUGUCCAAAUUGUGUCAGAACUGUCUGUGGUGCGAGAGAAUCAGCAGCAUUAAUCACCCUUUCUUAAGUUUUUUUUUUCCUUUUUUUCUAAUUGAAGAAAAAAGUAAAAAAGAAAAAAAUGUAUAAUACGAUGUGAUAGAUAAUUUUUACUAUAUAUAUUGUAUAUUUAAAGUGGAACAAGAUUUAAAAGAAAAUAUAAUGGGUAUGACUUGA